AUAAAUCGAAGCGAUAAGUUUAGUUAGUAGAUCUAGGUCUGAGCGAUUCAAGAAUGUCAGCCACUAUUAAACGAGGCAUUGUAUUUGUAGCUGCUGGACUUUUACUCGCGCUUUGUGACAGGUGGCCAAGCACACUAACAGUACAAGGAUCCUAUACAAGCAAAGCUCAUAUCUUUGAUCAUCUGUUUCUAUUGUGGUUUUUCAAACAGUUUGUACAAUGUUUGCUUUUACCUUUGUGGAUACUCAUAGAGAGAAAUAUAUUUGGAUUUGGGAGACUCAUGCAUGGCCAAGAACAACCACAGAGAAACAAUCCGCUUGCCCUUGCUGCAGAAAACCAAAAUGCACAGCCCAACCUGGCAGGUGGCAAUAGAAAUGAUGCUGCGAAUAAUCCUGAACCAGAUAGAGCAAAUAAUCAAGCCCAACUUGGCAGAAACAGAAGAAAGAUUAAAAAACCAUCAGCACUAAUUUACUUUCCUGCAGCAAUUUUUUCUCAAUCCAGUAUUUUACUUCUUUACUUUGGAGUGAAGUUGACAUACAGUUCAAGUUUUAUUAUGUUAAAGG